AUGGAGGUCGCGCUCUGCACCAGACUGAUGAACGUACUGAUGCUACUCUCUGCUCAGAGCGCUGUCUAUGUUCACAAAACUGUGACCAAUGCAGCUUUUCCUCACAUUGAUCCAAACAGGCUGCAGUUUUUUGAGUAUGAGUCAUUUUCAUUAAAUUGUACGGGGCUUCACGGUCCGACUGAAUGGAGGGUGAUGACAAAGAUUCCCUCAAAUACUUCUCAGUGGGAGACAUCGACAGGAACGGUGAUCAUUAAACCAGCCUUUGCAUGGCAGGGUGGAGAAUACUGGUGUGAGAACAGAGCCGGAGAGAGGACAGACUCUGUCAACAUAACUGUCACGGCUGGUGACGUGAUCCUGGAGAGUCCUGCUCUCCCUGUGAUGGAGCGACACAGCGUCACUCUGCGCUGUAGAAAAAGGGUGACAUCCUCCAACCUCCCAGCAGAUUUCUUUAAAGAUGGCCACUUCAGUGGGAUUGGAUAUACAGGAGAGAUGACCAUAGACAGCAUUUCCAGGUCUGACGAAGGACUCUACAAGUGCAGAAUCUCUGGGACUGGAAAUUCUGCAGAGAGCUGGCUGGCUGUUGGAGCAUAUAUUACUCCUGCACUUCAUGGCCCAAAACCUCAAGACACACCACCAACUGAUGGUGAAGAAACUCCUGCUCCUCCUCCCAGCCCGGGCUCCAUUCAGCUCUCCAUCCUGCUGCCGGUUCUCUUCACCAUUCUGUGUCUGGCCGGGCUGCUGUUGGUCGUGAGACUGCUUCAGUAUCGGAAACACAGAGCUGCAUGUUUUUCAUCAGAGACACCAACAACAGGACCAGAUCCUGGUGCAUCAAGUAUUGAAGGACCACAAAAUACUUGUACAGUGUACCAACAUGUCACUCAAGCUGAUCCAGAAAUGAGCAUAUAUGCUAACGUCCCAAGACACAAGAAAAAAAGAGGUCGUCGGGAGGCAAAUUCAAAUGCAUAUGUUAAUGUGACGUAUCCGGCUGUCACAACAAAGAAGAACAAGAGAGGUCAUCAGGAGGCAAAUUCAAAUGCAUAUGUUAAUGUGACGUAUCCGGCUGUCACAACAAAGAAGAACAAAAGAGUGUCUGGAGACGCAAAUCGAGCUCAAACAAACAAAGCAAAACAGAUGAAGAAGAAAGGUCAUCAAGCUGAAACAUGAAUGAAGGAUGGAGGAGAGAUGCUGUGAAAGCACCAUUAAACAUUGUGUGAGACUUAGAAGUGAUGCAACUAUAACUUGAGCUUCUACAGCAAUUUGUAACUUUGAAUAACCCUGUAUACUGAGAUUCAAAUGAAAAAAAAUAUAUCAUUUAAUUUCACUAUCUUGUAAAAUACAACCAUCGCAGAGUAAAAGUAAAAGUGACCAAGCUUGAAUUGUGUCUAAUUCAACAGGUUAGCCCAUUAUAGUACAUCCCAGCCUGUCAUGGCACUUUUUACCUGUCUUUCUGUACUUUUCUGUAUUUGUUAUGUUGCUUGUGUCUUAGCGUUAAUGGCUAAUUGCUUUUAUAGAACCAAUACAUACCUAUGUUUAAUACCUUUUUUAUGUUCUGUAGAGUAAAUGUCAGAUCUUGGCGUGAUUCUUGACAUUUUUCCCUCAGGUUUGAAUAUGUAUAAUAUUCCUGAUAAAGCUUGAACAAAGAGAGCAGAUAUCAAAAAUGUAAUUUUAAACGGACUUUCUGUUGUAAAUAGGCUGAAAUGUCACCAUGAUCGCUUGACAUCUUGAACUGCAUCGCAAUGUCAGAGUCUAUAUUUAGAAUGCUGGUGGUUUAGCAGUUGAACCACAGUGUGUUAUCUGCUCUGCCGGGUGUCUGUGGUCAGCUACAUGAUGGUUUAACCUCAGUUUGACCUGCUGGCAGCCAGUCACUCUAACAGACCAGUGCAUUCAAAUUUAGAUUAAAAGAGAAAAUAAUGACUGUGCAAUUUAAAGCAGAUUCUAUGAUCUAGGAGUAGAUGAACAAUAUGAGCUCAUGCUCCACACAUCAUUUAAUGAUGUGUGUUGAUAUUAAUAUGAUAUUAAUGUUAUUAUCAUUAUUAUCUCUUAAACAGAGGAAGGCAUGUAAACACAGUGAUGCCAUGACAGAGCUGUUGUUUGAAGACUGUAAAUAACCUGAUGUUGUGUUGUUGCCCUCCCAUUUAGGAAAGUAGUUUGUGAAAUCAAAAAUCAAUUCUGUUUUUAUUCACAGGCCGUUAAAGGCCAAACCAAAAGCAUUCAGCCAAUGACUGCCUUCAUUAAGUUGUGCUUUAACCUCCUCUCAACGUUAAUUAGACAUUUUUCAUGAAUCUUAAUGACUUAAGAAAGAUCAAUACUGAAUGAUAAAGUACAUUUUCAGAAAGAUUACUGUUGUAUGGGAUAGAACAUGUUAUUUGGUUGUUUUUUUAUAAUAAUUGGAAAGGUUACAUGAAUGAUUUUAAAAGUAAAGACCACAGAUGCAAUGUUUAAUAUAUGUAUAACAUAUAUUUGUUCACACAUAUCCCCCCUUCACACACUAAAAUCCACAAAAAUUAUUUUAAAAAAACACAUUUAGAGAACAAGUAACAUCGUCAAGAGGACAAUAAAAUGAUGAGAUUAUACAAAAUCAUAUUCAAAAUGUAACAUAGACUUAAGUUUUUUGGAAAUAAAGAAACAUGAGUUCGAUUAAAGGUUAUUUUUUCUCGUUGUUUUCUUAUCUAUUUUUCAUCUAUCAGCACAAUGUUGUUUAUUUUGAACAUACACUGGCUUGGAAAGGAAGUCACUUAGAGGAUUUGUGUUAUUUGAAAUUUCAGAAUCUGUCAGUUGCAAUUUUAUGAGAAUUGUUAUAUUUCAGUAACAUUGUGACUGUGGAGAGCAGGUUCAUAACCAGGACAACCUGCAGAAUGACAGAUCAGUCAGGAACCAGGGGUUACUGCUUUAUGAUUAAAUGACUAAAAAACAUGACAAAACUCCAGAGCACUCAAAUUAAUAAGAAUUAGCUUUUAAAUUGCUUUUUUUUUUCUUUUAAUAUUUGUCCAAAGUAGUUAACUGGUUCAUUUCCAGCUGCCAGUCAACAGUCAGUGCUGUAUUUGAACCGACCACACUCCAGUUCCCAGGCUGAGUCCAAGCAGACUGAUUGAACCACUGCUAUAACAAAGUUUAGGCAGUUUAUAAAGUUGGUACAAAUAAAACUCUGGGUAAAUAAAAGUUUAUAACAUCUGUGCAACCAAGUUACUCAGUGAAGACAAGUCUAUAAGGAGAAAUGUUCCAUCAUCACAAGGAAGUCAAUUAAAAAUGUAUCACUAGAAUUACUUAUUAGAGUCUCACUGUAUCAGUCAUCAUCUCUCCUGUUUUGAUCUCAGUCUGCUCUGCUGUGCUCGACUCUCCAGGUGAGCUGCUGCCUCCUGCUGGACUGUCAGAGACAUGCAGGUUGGUUUGUGUCUCAGCUGUUGUCAACACAUCAGUACUUCUGUCUGUCUCCUCUUUGCUCUCUGGCUGAUCUGACUGCUGAUGAAACUUGUCUCUUUGGCCCUUUGUGUCUUCAGGUUGUUCCAUCAUUUCCCGAACCUGCUUAUCUACUUUCUUCAUCCUUUCUGUUAUUCUUGAAAUAAUAUCCUCUGUUGUCUGUAUUCUUCCCAUGAUUGCCUGUAAUGAUUUCUCAUAUUCAUUCUUUUUGUUA